AUGAAUCAGGAACAACAGCUAGCGUUCUCAGAAUACGGGAAGAUACUGGACGAGCUGAAAUUGAUGUUCAUGGAGAAGUGGAAGAGUGACAAACGCGACAAUAUUACAAUAAACGAUUUCGAACGAUUCCGGACCAUCGGUACUGGAGCGUUCGGCCGUGUCAUACUCGUCAGACAUAAACCAACGGCCACGUUUUAUGCCAUGAAGAUCCUGGAUAAAGCGAAGCUCAUAAAGUUGAAGCAGGUAGACCACACGUACAACGAGAAGAGGAUAUUACAGUGCGUGAGGUUCCCUUUUAUCAUCUACAUGGAAUACUGUUUCAAGGACAAUUCGUACGUGUACAUGGUACUGCCGUAUAUCAACGGUGGCGAAAUGUUCACGCAUCUAAGACGAAUGGGAAAAUUCGACGAGUCUUUGGCGCGUUUCUACGCUGCCCAGGUCGCACUCGCGUUGGAAUACCUUCACCAUUGCAGCCUCGUUUAUAGAGAUUUGAAGCCAGAGAAUAUUUUAAUCCAGAAUACCGGCUACCUCCGAGUGAUAGAUUUCGGGUUCUGCAAGAUGAUCGACGGUAGAACCUGGACCUUGUGCGGCACUCCUGAAUAUCUCGCGCCGGAAGUAAUCUUGUCGAAAGGCUACGGCAAGUCUGUCGAUUGGUGGAGUUUCGGUGUUUUAAUUUACGAGAUGAACGCUGGUUAUCCGCCGUUUUACGCGCGAGACCCAAUGAAAAUAUACGAGAAGAUCGUCUCUGGUAAAUACAAGUUUGCCCAUCAUUUUGGCGAAGAGUUGAAAGAUAUUUUGAAGAAUAUACUGCAAGUGGAUCUGACUAGGAGGUACGGGAAUUUGAAGGGUGGUUCCACGGACAUAAAAGCGCAUAGAUGGUUCCAGUCGACCGACUGGAACCAGAUAUAUCAUCAGAAAAUACAACCUAGUUUCAUACCGAAGUGCCCGACGCCGGAGGACACGAGCAAUUUCGAUGUCUACGACGAAGAACCAUUAAAAAUAUCCACGGCGGACCGUUACGCCAAAGAAUUUGAAAACUUUUAAUCGAACUGAUUGCGAAACACCGUUAAUUUAACGGCGAGGCAUAUCUUUGGAGAUACAAGGAUGAAGAAUGUAUGCUACUACAAUGGAAGUGCAUCACGCGAAACAACUUAAACGAGCAUUUGGUGUAUCCGUCUUCGUCUUUGAACAGAGUUUGCAUAUUACC